UUCUCGUUCAUCCUUGGUCCCGGUUUCCCAUUCGCGAACAUAUUUACUCCAUAUAUACAACGAAGGGGGUCUGCUUUUACAUCCUGUUCCUCGAAUUCACACCAUGGUCGGACCAACCGCCUCUCUUACUCCUCUUUCUCGCGCCGAUGGUUCGGCUUCUUACCAAUGUCCUUCGACCGGAUCUAAUAUCCUAGGAUCGGUAAAUGCACCAAUUGAGCUCCCUGGACGCCGUGAUGCCCUGAAGCCGGAGGAUGCGACCGUGGAAGUUUUCGUGAAGCCGGGGACCGCGCCGGGUGGGGUUGGUGAACGAUACGUCGAAGGAAUCAUCAAGAAUAUGCUGGGCAAAUUGAUCCUGGGACGAGAGAAGGGCUACGCUCGGCGUGGCGUUGUGAUCACCUUGGCUAUUGUAGGAGGAGAAAGUGUUGCUAGAGGCGAUUCGUACUUGACUUUGCUCCCCGCUCUCCUUCACACAUCUCUGUUGGCGCUACUGUCCGCAUCGGUUCCCUUAUCCAUGACCUACUCCGCGACCGUGCUGGCUGUCGAUGCUUCAGGGGAGAUGACGCGGGAGCCCUCCGUGAAGGAAGCCGCCGCCGCCGUGUCUCUUCAUGUUUUCGCCUUCUCCGCUCAUGGCCAUCUUCUCUUGAACGAAAGUGAGGGACCUUUUGACUUUGAGACGUGGGAGAAGGUACACCAGCGCGCUUUGGCCAUCUGCCACGGCACUGUAGCCCGUAGCUCCGACGGAGAUGUGGCUAUGGCCGAGGACGUGGAUGGUCAGCCCCUGGAAGGCGCGUUGCGGGAGGCGAUGGAAGAAAAACUCCAGCAAGAUUACUCCUGGAAGAUCGACGCGGCCUGAAUGUUGGAUUCCCCGUAAAAAUCACCGAGCAAUAGAGUUGGGUAUUGAUCGCCAACUACAAUGUUCCCCCCAUCCAGUAUGCCGGUAUACCCACUGCGGUCGAUGCACCGGACGUCUCCCACAAUCAGUUACACUUUCUCGCCAUGGCCCCUUGGCGCCUGACUUGUGUGUUGGUUCGCACAUACGCGGGGCAUUUUACUGUCCGCCGGGAGAUCAUUGGUGCUCACAGGAUUUCCAAUUUGACGGACUACGAGUGGAUACGAAGGCAUGAGAUACGAAUGAGGGUCAAGCGUCGAUGCGCGCGAAGCCUCUUCUGGCGACAUGCGGUGCUUAUCGGGGUUCACCUACAGACACUACUGCAGACAAAUCCAUCUGGUGUAAUUACGCCCGUCUGACACUUGAAGGGAUUUGUCCAACCAAGCCAUAUGAUCAUGCAGUUCGAGUGGGUAGUACCGAAUUGAAAUGUUGUCUGCGUUGAGUUUGUUUCGGUGAAAGUGGAGUGUGUGAUGUGUGUCUCGAUCCUUACAUUUUGUAAUCACCCGUCUCAUGCGUAGCGACUGUAGUACUUU